AUGACUUCAUACAAUCAAUCACAACUUUCUCAAUACAGGUUUGACUUCGUCGUGGCUGUGACUCAGGCGAGCAUCAAUGCCACUAUGAAAGCCUACUUGAGCACUUGCCCGGAGCCCGAGAUAAAAAUCUGUUAUGUCGUUGGUCACGAUCCUAUCACGUCACAAGUUGUUCCCGAAGAGAUUCCAUAUGCCAAGCUCCUCGAAUUGACUGAGGGGGUUGAUCCGUUCACGGUGAACAUCCCAUCGUCGAACCCGGAGACUGAUCCAAACUUCCAAAAGUUGAUCAAGGCAAAGUUCAUGACGGGCUUCAAAGUCCGAAUGGGUAUUCCUGUCGGAGCCGAUGUUGCCACUAUCCCGGAUAUCGUGGGACUUCGAGCUGAUACAGCCACCGUGAAGUACAAUUUGAUCUGCAGCGAAUUCAUCAUCGCCGCUGUGCAGAACGAAUGGGGAGCCUAUUCCUGGCUCCAGAAGGCGCAGGAUCCCAAGAAGCCAUGGCUUUACUCUGCCACGGUCGAUCUGCGCAUGGGAGAAGUUCCCGAUUCGGCCUAUAGCAAACUUCCCAAGGCCGUUCAGGACCAAAUCAAGAACCUUUCAGGCUCGGCCUUUAGCAUUCAGCAGUUGCUGUUCGAUCUCAGCAACGCGGGGUUGUCCAGCGCUCCCAGAAUCGACGGCGUCGAGGCAGGCUCAGCCCUUGAAACCAUCCUCAAUCGCUUCUUUGUGUCCAAAUACGUCGCAAACCUGCGCGAAAUGGGUGACCCGAUGUUGGGUUGUGCCGUCGUUCCAAAAGAGACAGACAAGUCCACGCUCAAACUCACGGACCUGAACUUCUCUGUCAAUCCCUAUAUUGAUCCCAAAACCGCGGAUGUAGUGCUUCCUCCUGGAACUACGGAGCAGAACCUGGCUUGUCUUAACUAUCUUUGUGCAGUCGACAAUCACGUCCUUCCCCCUCCAACUCGGUUCCCUUGGAACUGGUUGCAAGGCAAUGAUAAUGCCGAUCAUGACGGAAUUGUAUCCAUCAAUCGAAACAACAUGCGGGAUUGGCUGGAGCCUUCAAUUCAAAAAGUGGUGAAAAAGCACUGCCCAAAGCCAAAGGUCUAUGCCAAACAUCAUGACGGCAACCUUCUGAAGCUACACGUGGAGGUAUAUUUCGGACCCGACUUGGAAGAGCCGACCGUCGAACGAAAGGACGAGGGGCAGACAGUUAUGACGAUGUCGUACGAGGGAUAUUCCGAGGACGAUGACCAAGCGGGAUCGAUCGAGCUCAGGUACAAGUACACUGUGAAUGUGGAUUUCGUCGGCUCCAACAUCAUCAUCACGCAGAAUGUCUGGGUAUGGUAUUACGCAAAAGCCAUUUCAACGUCGAACCACGAUGUUGUUAUCGACGACCUCCAGACAGACAUCUAUCCCAUCACCGUUAGUAAUGGUGAGCUCAUUGUAGGAACUGCAGAUUCAAAGUUCGAGAAAAGGGCGAAUCCUUCGGACAGGAACGGCUUUGUCGGUGCCUUCUCGGGUAUCAAUCGGGUCACCGAUAGCAUUCAGGACCAGUUGCAGAAAUUGCAAUCAAUCAAAUUGGAGACCAUCCCAGUUUCCGCCAUGCAGGGAUUUGUGUUCCCAGGAGGCAACACGUUCGCUUUCAAGCAUGCCGAAUUUUCAGAGCACCAGGACCUCGUUGCGUUCAUCACGUACACCUCUUGA